AUGUUUGGUGCAUUCAAGGCUACGCUUAUCAAGAGCGGAGGGUACUUGUGGAAGUUUGCCCCACGUAUGUCGGGGGUGCAGAAAUACCGUUUGAGACAAAGAAUGAAGCAAGUGGAUUCCAAUAUCGAAGUUUUAUAUAAAUCAUUAAAACCAGAAGGAACAGCCUUAACUGGACAUAAAAAAAUUGAUUAUUUAAAAUUUGAAUUCCCUAAAGAAUCACAAAUGACUCCUCAUGAUAAAUAUACUACAUUCGAUAAGAAAGUUAAAGGUUAUAGAAAAUCGCUUCAUAGAGUUCCAAAAUGGACAAAGAAAUCUUUUAGAGAGAAUCCAAAAUACUUUUAA